AUUCGGCUCGGAGGAUACCCCGAGCACUCCGGAUAGCGCCGGGAUUCGUUCCCACUGCCCCCGCCACUCCAGUAGCCAGCAAAGCGUCAUUCGUUCGCACGGGAGCUGUCGAUAUAAUUGUCAUCGGUAUCACAGUUGUUGUUGUUGUUAUAAUCAACGACAUCAUUGCCAUACACCGAUGCGCUCUUCGGUGUAGUAAUAGAAGAAUAAUAAUAGUAGCACCUAUACCCCCCCACCCCCCUCCGGCGAUUUACUUAGUCCGUCCGCUCGGCUUAAAUAAUAAUAAUAAUAUUUAUAUUUUUUGUUAAAUCGAUAAGAGUUGCGCGGGGCGGGGGGGUGGUGUUGUUUUUUUUAAGAAACGAGAGGAGAAAGCGAUGCUGCUUUCCGAAACUGCGGUGGAUGUUGCUGUUUCUGUCAUCUGUACUGGAUCCCAUGUAUCGCUCGUCAAGGGAGCUGUCAUCCUCCGUAGCAAUUCAGACGACUCCGACGGCACCACCACAGCCACCACCACCACCAUCGACGGCGUCGUCUUCAUUCACCUCGUCGGGCGUCGUCCUCAAGUCGUCCUUCUCGCAGGCCAUAGCCAAGCAGCUGACCAAGCCGCCGGCUCGCAAGCACGUCUCCCUGCCGCCCCCCGAGGCUCUGUGCGCGCAGUCGCUCGCCGCGUCCUCCGCCAAGUCAAAGUCCCUGUCCGCGAUCGCGUCCGCGUCGGCCGUAAAGAGGCGCUCGAUCCUCAAAUCCGUUUCGUACUCGGCGACAUGGCAGCCACACGCGAUGCCAAAGCAGCAGCAGCAGCAGCCGCAGCAGCAGCAACCGCAGCCGCAGCAGCAGUCAAAGCGAACGUCGUUACGGGAAUGUGGAAUGAGCGCUUCGCGUGGUCUCGUGACGACCUAUGUGUUUGUGCCCCCUCCUCCCGUGCACACCGCGGGACCGUCCCGACAACGGGACGACACCACCACCACCACCGCCACCGCCGCUCUUCUCCUCCAUCAACAACAACAACAACACCACAACAACAAUCAUCACGGCGUCGUCGGCGGCGGCGACCUCCUCCUCCUCCACCACCGACGCCACCACCACGAACGGCUCAGCGCGAGCGUCAUGUCCCGCAAGAGCGGCCUCGCCACGUCUCUGGGAGGCGCGGGCACCCCGGGCUCCCUGCUGCUGCUGCAGGGCGCUCCCAAGAGGAAGCUCUACAGCGCCGUGCCGGGACGCGCCUUCAUCGCGGUCAAGUCGUACGCGCCCCUCGGCGACGGCGAGAUCCAGCUGAAUAAAGGCGAGAGGGUCAAAGUGCUGAGCAUCGGCGAGGGAGGCUUCUGGGAGGGGACGGUGAAGGGACGCACCGGCUGGUUCCCCGCCGACUGCGUGGAGGAGAUCCCCAUCCGGCACGAGUCUCUGCAAGACACGCGGGAAGAGAGGGGAAGGCGACUCUUCAGGCACUACACGGUUGGUUCCUACGAAAGCGUCGACCCCAGCGACUACGUGGUGGAGGAGAAGAGCGUGGUGCUGUGCAAGCGGGACAACGAAGGCUUCGGCUUCGUACUGCGCGGUGCUAAAGCGGACACACCUAUCGAAGAAUUCACCCCAACGCCAGCCUUCCCCGCGCUGCAGUACCUGGAGUCUGUGGAUGACAGCGGCGUGGCGGCCAAGGCUGGCCUCAAGACCGGAGACUUCCUCAUGGAGGUGAACGGCGAGAACAUCAUCAAGUGCGGCCACAAGCACGUGGUGGGGCUCAUCCGCCAGGGCGGGAACAGCCUGGUGAUGAAGGUGGUGUCGGUGAGCCGACGCCCGGACCAGGAGGAUGGCCUGCGCAGAAAAGCUCCCCCACUGCCAAAGAAGUCCCAAAGUGCCACGGUGUCGUUCCGUUCCAAGUCGAUGACGGCCGAGCUGGAGGAAAUCGACCAAGUCUUGCAGCGAUGUUUUUCAUCACCCCUGGAGCGGCUGGGAGGAAGAAGAAACAGGGUGGAACAGGUGUUAGUUCACGAGGUCGCGGACUCUGAGCCGCCGAUCGUCCCCGCCACGGCACGGGUGCGUCCGCCCAGCCGUCUCUUCCCGCAGGAGUGCCAGGUGCAGUACGGCUUUGACCUGAUGGGUCCUGGACAGGGCCCAUCACCACCUCUGGGCCCGCCAGAUCGGCCCUUCAUGCCGCUGCAGAGGCCCGGCGGGGCAUACGCCCACUCGCCCACGGGCAUGACGGCCGACGGACGCUUCUACGGCUCCGCGGUGGACCUCCCCUCCCAGUUCAACCCCUCGCCGCCCCUGCAGCCGCAGUACGGCGACGGCGGCAUGGUCACCCCCUCCUACUCGCCCGUCUUCUACUCCCCGCCGUCGCCCGCGGUGCCGGGCGAGUACCCGCCCGUGCAGUCCCCGCGGCGGCUCUACGAGGCGGCGCAGCUCUCGGCCCUGCGCCGGGAGCUGGAGAUGGAACCGGGGCUGCUGCACAGCCCGUUCCACGGCGCGCUCCACUGGCUCGCUGCCCUCCCUGCACGCGCUGCAGCCGCUGCCGCCCUUCCUGACGCCCACCGCCUCCGAGCCGCCCUUCAUGUACGGGCCCUCCGCCCCAGCGCAGCCCAAGCCGGCGCGGCCGCCGCUCUUCGCGCAAGACGCCGAAGACCUGCCGGACAUUUUCAUGACGCAGCAGCAGCAGCAGCAGCAACAGCAGCAGGCGCUGCAGCAGUCGCAGCAGCUGCGGCAGGCGUUCGAGCUCGCGCAGUUCGGCUUCGCGCCGGAGAGCGAACAGUCCGUGGGGUAUUUGGAUCGUCGGCGUCCGCCUACUUUGCGGCCCCGCCGGCGCCGGAGAGGCCGCGCAGGAGGAAAACGCCGCUGUUUGGCGGCCAGGAGUCGGCGGUCGUCCCCGCGCAAGAAUUUUCAUUGGAGCAGCAGCAGCAGCAGCGGAAAUACGAGCAGCAGCAGCAGCAACAACAACAGCAGUUGCAGUUUGAGCAGCAGCAGAGGCAGUUUGAGCAGCAGAGGCAGUUCGAGCAGCAGCAGAGGCACUUUGAGCAGCAGCAGAGGCACUUUGAGCAGCAGCGGCAGUUCGAGGCGCAGCAGCAAAUGCAGUACGAGCAGCAGCGGCACUUCGAGGCCCAGCAGAAGCAGCAACAGCAGCAGCAGCAACAGCAGCAGCAGCAAGCGCAGAUGCAGCAGCAGCAGCAGCAGCAGAUGCAGUACGAGCAAAUGCGGCAAAUGGAGCUGAGGCACAAACGUCCCAAGACUCCGACGGAGCACGUCUACGCCAACGUGGGCACCGGGGUGGCUGGCGCCGUCCUGGCCGUGCCGGGCAGCGGCACCGGCGCCGCCACCACGGCGAGCUCCCGCAAGAAGGCGCACCUCACCAAGCAGACCAAGAUCGAGGGCAGCCCCGACAGGGCUGGGAGUGGCUCGCCGAACCCACUGCCGACGAUCAUCAUCAAGGAGCCCUCGACGAGCAGCAGUGGUCGAAGCAGCCAGGGCUCCAGCAUGGAGUGCGAGACCCCAGGCCCUGAGCCCAAGGAGAUGGAAAUCCCCGAGGUGACCUUCAGCGGCCUGCAAUCCGAGUCGGGGUCCGCCACGCUGGGAGAGGCCGCACCUCCCUCCGCGUCCUUCCAGGACCCCUUCUCGGCGGCGAUCGCGUUCGCCGUGCACGAGAGGCAGCGGCGCAUCGAGGAGCGCCACCGCUCCACGGGAGACCUCUCGCUGCUGUCGGGCGACCCCUCGCGCCAGCAGCGCCGCCCGCCCAAGCCCAUCCUCAAGCACUCCAAGUCGGUGGACGAAGAGCACCUGGCGAGCAACAUGCAGGCGCGCAUGGCGGCGCCGCCGCCUCCGCCGCCGCUCCCGCAGCACAUGCAGCAGCACAUGCAGCAGCACAUGCAGCAGCAGCAGAUGCAGCAGCACAUGCAGCAGCAACAGCAGCAGCAGCAGCCAAUGGGCUCGCUCACGUACCUCUUCGGAGCGGCGAACGUCAUCACUGGCCCGCCAGCCACCGGGCUGACGUUCGCACGGCCGGAGCAAAGGCAGGUGUCCAUCGUGGUGCCCGGGCAGACUCAUCACCCCCAGCCUCAUCACCCGCACCACCACCAACAUCAGCCGCUCCACCACCACCACCACCACCCCACCGCCUUCGAGAGCAGGACGAGGAAGGAGCUGCCGCCCCUUCCGCCGCCCCGGAGCGUGGUGUGGGAGCUGCCUCCGUUGCAGCAGCAACAGCCGCUGAUGCAGCAGGCUGUGAUGCAGCAGCCGCUGAUGCAGCACUCGAUGCAACAGUCCAUACAGCAGUCACUGAUGCAGCAGCAGCAGCAGCAUGCGCCCAAAUUCAGGAAAGAACCUCCGCCACCGCCGCAGACGGUGGUGGAGCGGAAGAGCGUCAUCAUCAACAUCAUGGACACGUCGCAGCAGAAGUCGGCCGGGCUGCUCAUGGUACACACCACGAGCGAAGACGGCGGUGGCGGCGUGGAGCUCGGCCACGACUUGGGAGCGGCCCCGGAGAGAGGCGUCGAUCGGCGGAGCAAGAGGGGUGCCUCAUCGCCGAUGGGCUCGAGCGAGCUGCGGGCGGGCGGCAGCCCGCUGCAAAUGUGCGUGCCGUCCCCGCCCGCGUCGCCCGGCGUCCCGCAGGAAGGGGAGUUCUCUGCCUUCGCCACCGAGACCAUCCCACCUCCGCUGGAGUUCGCCAAUGGUUUCGCCACUUCCAUGCCUCAGCAGCAGCAGCAGCAGCAAGGUUCCCUGGACGCGAGGAGGCAGCAGCAGCAGCAGCAUCAACAUCUUCAUCAACUGCAUCAGCAGGGGCACAGAGGCGUGGGGAGCGAGUCGCUGGACUCGGGCCUGGAGGAGAUCGAGUCGUCCCGGAGCGGGGGCAGCGAGCAGCCGGCCGAGACGACGAGCACCGUCUCCACCGUGUCGAGCAUCUCCACGCUGUCGUCCGAAACGGGAGAGCCGCCCGACACGCACACCUCCUUCGCCGAUGGUCAGCCGUGCCUGGUCCCCCAUCACUACGGGCAGCAGCAGCAGCAGCAGCAGCUGCAACUGCUGCAGCAGCAGCUGCAGCAGGACAAACCGCCCGUCCCUCCCAAACCCAAGCUCCGGCCGCCCGCGCUGCGGAGUUCCGUGGUGACGUUCAGCGAGCCGCUGCACAAGCAGGAGAUGGGCGCCGCGACGAUGAUGAUGAUGGCGCCUCCGCCGCCCGUGCCGCCACCACCGCCGCCACCCGUCGCCCCGCGCCCGAAGUCGUCGGUGCAGAGGCUGUGGGAGGCGGAGACGUCGCUGGAACGGGUCGACAGUCGCAAGGCCGCGCCGCUUGAUGCCAAGACGAGUGUGAUCAGCGAGCUGAGCUCACGACUGCAGGAGAUGAGCCGGGAGAGGCGAAGAGCCGCAGCCGAGCCGGUGGUCAGGCCCAUCAGCAGCACAGACAGGGCCCCAAGCAUCACCUUUAACCUCCGAUCGCAGCCAGCCGCGCAGGUCGGGAGGGCAACGCCCAGCCCGUCCGGCGGCGACCAGUCGGAAAGCUUCAUGGGGGGACCCCAAGCGGCCGCCACCACCGGCAGCGGGGCCAUGGCCCCCCCACCCGCUCCCACGCUUCCCCCCAUGCCCGCCGUCCCGUCGCCCCUCAUGCUGGCGCUCUCUCAGCCGCCCGGGCUGCCCCCGCCGCCGCCGCUGCCUCCCCCGCUGAAGCCGCGCGCGCCGACCCCGACGCGGGAGGUCAAGUUCUCGAUCUCACCGCAGCACGCGUCGCCCCCGCUGCUGGGCCGGGCGACGGCGGCGGCGGCGGCGGCGGCGCGCUCUCCCGGCCCGUCGCCGCCGCCGCCCCAGCUCCUGCAGCAGAUGCAGCAGCCGCUGUCGGCUCCGUCUCUGCUGCAACAGCUGCAGCAGCCCUCGUCCUCCUUGUCGUCGUCGUCGCCCUCGCUGCUGCAGCAAAUGCAGCCGCAGCAGCAACUGUCGCUGGGCAUCCAGCCGUUCUCGCGCAAGCCAAUCGAGCUGUGGAGCAAGUUCGACGUGGCGGACUGGCUGGACAGCCUCAGGUUGGGGGAGCACCGGGACAGCUUCCUGGAGAACGAGAUCGACGGCACGCACCUUCCGUCGCUGCAGAAGGACGACCUUCUGGAGCUGGGGGUCACACGGGUCGGCCAUCGCAUGAACAUCGAGCGGGCGCUUAGGCAGCUCCUGGAGAGAUAGUGCCACGCCCCCAGAGAUGGCCCCCAAACACGCCCACGGUGAAAUAAGGUCAAACGCCGAAUUGUUGAUGAGUUUUAAGAAAGAAAGAAUAAAUCACAAACGGUACAACAGUUAUGGAAAACCUAGUAAUAUAUUUAACAUUAUCCAUUAAAUUAUUACUUCUUUGGAAUGACAGUACUACUGCAUUUCCUCGUGCAAUUAUUUUAGGAAAUUGACAUCUGAUUUUUUUGGUUUUAGAUACUCGAUUGGUGAAGUGGUUGAUUAAGUCGCUUGCCUUUGAUGCAGGUUUGGGGAUGGUAAAAAAAAAGUGUUCUUUGACUUUGCAAGAGAGAUUUGCUUCGUUUGUUUUCCUGCAAUCCACUUGUAAAGAAGUUUUAGGGGAUGAAGAUGGCAUUACGUCACUUUAAUCAACCAGUUCUUGGGUUAGUUUUUUUUUAAUGCAGACCGGGAGCAUUGUUGCUUCAGGAGGCUGUGGACCCUGAGCAAAAUGGCUCUGGUCUAGAAUCACUUUGGUUCUUGGAAGCAAACAAAUUUUCGAGUCUGUAUUUGUUUACUUUUUUAACGAUUGCAGUUUACAGUUUAUGUGGAUCCGAAACAACAACAACAACAAAAGAUACCCCCCACAUUUUUUUUAAAGCAAACUGGCAUAUUGGCAGGGAUAGGGUUUAACAUUUUUUUUUCAAGACAUACACCGGUAACAUUUGGACAAGCGCCAAAGAUGUGGAACUGCUGAUAACAACAACAACAACAAAAAGUUGCAGGAAAAUAACUCGAUUUCUUAGAUUGUACCAGAGGGUACUGUGGUUUGGUGUUGCCAUUCCAUUCUUAAGACAGGAGGCAUUGCCAUUAAUGAGGACAUCAAUUUGUGGGUAUGUCAUACCUAACAAAAUACAAAACCGAGAUUACGUUGCAGAAAUCCGACUUUUGACCUGAGCCACACGUUAAAAAAAAAUGCUGCAACCACGGUGCAAAGUUAAAAUAUAUACUCUUUGGUUUUUUUGGUAAAGUCAUGUAGAUUAAAAAAUAAAAUAAAAAUAAAUUAAAUCACGACGUUUCGGAGGCAACACAAGCUUCCGUCUUCAGGUGGUACCGUCACAGCAAAAUUACUUGAUACAGUAAUUUUGCUGUGACCCUUGCAGUCACGAAAACUUCAAAUCUAGAAUUCAAAUAUAUACAUACAUAUAAAAACAAACUCAGCAGCAUGAACAUUUUUUGUAACUGCAAUCAGAUCAAAAAAAUAUUUUCUUACCUAUUUGUUUGGCCUCGUUCGUUUCUAUUACCCCUCCCAAUAAUCGAGAGUUUUAUUCUGACACGGCGAACAAUGAGAGAAAACAAACAGACAAACAACACACACAAAAUGUAAAAAAAAAGUGUCCAGACGGGGCAAGAGCCGCAUUCGCAUUCCAACGUCGCUGCGCACGUGCGAGCGGCGUGAAAGGAUUUUAGACGCGUGGCUCCUUUCCACACCGGUGAGAAGCUAUCUCAAAGAUUCUGAAGGAUGUGCAGUGUCGCUGUCCAAGGUAGCUCGUUCGAUAGCCACACACACACACAUAAAAGAGACGGGGAGAUAUUUUGAUGGUACAUAGUAACAUAGGUGCUUAUCUUGUGCUAUAUAUGCCUUCUAUAAUACCACAGUGCCCUCUAAUGUUUUUAAUCUAUGACUUCAAAAAUAUAAAAGAAACAGCUGACAGUCCAAAAGAAAAGGUUAUUUUUCUUAAACCUUUUUUGUGUCGCAAGUUUAGGAGGGGGGGGGGGAAACAAAACAAUGUUUUCACGUUAAUGUCAAGUGUGUCAAGUUGCUCAAUGCUUUUAAAAUUUUACCGACAGAAAAACAACGAAGGAGGGAAUUUUGUCGGCGUAACGUUUUUCCCGACCCCCCCGCCACCCUUAACUGGAACGACCCCUAAAGGGGGUAUGGGGGGUGGGCCUGCCGCAUGUCCAAAAACGUUGUGUCAAAACAAAACACGGGCACGCUCUAGCGAUCCCCAUUUGACUUUUGAGGCGUUAAGAGAAAUGACAAUUUGGAAUCCGUGUCGCCUGAGACAAUUAUUGAGGGAGUGGGUGGCCGUGGGUGGGGGGGGGGGGUCUUGGCACUGUUAAAACAGUAUAUCACCCCAAAAACAGUGGGUGCCUCUUCGUACGAACAUUCGGCACACGUUUAUUUUUUGAGAUUGGGGGGGGCGGCAGGAGAGGGGGGGGGUGCGUGGACGCUGAUGGAGUGACGGGGAAGGAGGGAGGAUGCUAAUCUCACAACGAAUCAGGAGGGAACUGAACAAGAGUGCUUCUAGAGGUUUGUUUUACUUUAGGGUGGUUACGUUAUUUAAAAUAUGUAUGCCAAAUGCUUCAUUUACUAGCCCCUACACCACUGCACAUUUGGUUUUAUUAUGGAUGGAAAGGUAAAAAUAUUGGAAUGUUCACAUUAAAUAUACACACGCAUAUAUAUAUAUAUAUGACUAUACUUGACAGACACAAAUUGGUCUGAAAAUGAUGUAAAGGUUAAUCAAAGUAACAGAUAUUUUUAUAUUUGAUUUAAAUAUAUUUAGUUUUAAUGUAUCUAGUUAAAUGGUAACUAUUUAACCUAAAAGGGCUGUGCAUAUUGAUGAAACCCACAAAUGCCAUGUGAGUGUUAUUUGUGGCCUAUUUGCUUAAUCGUUAUCAAGGCCCACAAAAGUUACGGUUGAUCGAAGUGUUUCCAGCUUGCACAUUUUUGUCACAUCCGACGACGACGAAGACAACAACAACAACAAUAAUAAGAAAGAACACAUGCGCUAACGUCCGACAACUCUUUUAUCAACCGGGGAAAAAAAAUGUGAGAACCGGUUGCCCGGUUAGCUUUUACGCACGUCUGUCAAAGGUUUGGUGAGGCGAGCGUGGAAACUUCAACUCGGGCACGCCGGGGGCCCGAUGUGGAAGCCAUUACACUGGCCACGGGCCAGCCGUCUUUGACCUCGCGACUCCAGAGGUCACGGUGGCCAGAAACCCGUUGCCCCGGGUCUUUAUGCGCGGGGACAUAAGAUAUCAACCUUGCAGCUAAGACUUGAGAAUGCUAGGCUCGCGAGAGUCUCUAGCUCCCUUUCAACUCAUUACCCCUGCCUUGCUGAUGGGAAACGCCUGACGUUAUUGAAGGCUGCUUAGCUGUUCAGCCAACAUGGGUAUAUAUGUUCUCUUGUAAAGCAUCGUCAGUGGAUAUUUUAAUGGCAAUCUGAAAAAUAAUAAUUAAUCUUAAUGGAACGUUAACAACAAAAGAGGGAAUACUGGAGAGAAAAAAAAAUCACACACACUUGGUUGAACAGUCAGCGAGAACGUUGAUGUGUGACGUGUGUGUGUGUGUGCGUGUCCCAGCAUUGUCUCACCGUGGGGGGCAGUAGCGUAGCGGUCAGCGCAACGCACUACGAACCCGGCGACCCGAGUUCGAUUCCCGCUCACGCCCACCAACACCAGUGACGGAUUAUCUGAACCAGUUCUAGGCCCUCCCCUAGGUCGACUCAGCCUCAAAUGAGUACCUGGUGCGGUGUGUAUACAUCGCCACUGGGGAGACAAAGGCGGUCGGGCGUGGUGUUGGCCAUACCACUCCCCUUCGUGUGCCGUUCCGGCCUUCAUAGGUGCUCGCUAACCACACUUGCCCCAAAAGUCUGUUAAGACUGUACGGGGAUUCUUUGUCUUUGUCCCGGCAUUGUCUCACCGUACAGGGGGAGACAAAGAGACUCCCAACAUCGUCUGGACCGGCUUCCGCUUUUAUAAUGCUUCCGUCCACAUAACCGCAAUGUAUGUAUAAUAGUUUUAGCCACUUUAGGUCCUCAAAACAAAGCCUCCAUAGUAGCUAUAGGAUUUGUAAAGCUUAUUUACUGUAUUUACACUGCAAUUAGCCACUGUACUGUACCUUGUAUUGCAUUGUGUUGAUGAGAGAGAGAGAGAAAAAAUGUAUUUAUUACUAAUUAAGUGGAAUAUUAGAAUACUACCAUGAUGACAUAUACCUCCAUUGAAUGCUGUCGGAACCAAUCUAAAUUUUAACACUUAAUGGAAAUGUACCCUUUUCCCCCCGUUCCCUUUACCGUGUUAAAAAAACGACGAAAUAUUUACACCGCUUUCUUAAUUCUGCGUCUUCACAGCAUUACCAAGUUGCAGUAUUAUUGCUUUAUUAGCAUCUUUAAAAGCGAUUUUUUAAAUUCGCCGUUAUAGCGUCCGGGACCGUUGUGUUGAUUCACGUUUCUUUCUUGGGGUGAGUAUAAUGCAGUGGUUGUGCGAUAACGUUUUAAAGCUAUGGGAUUUAAUGUAUUUUUUUUUCUUUUGCAUUGGAAAUUAUGCGUUUUGCGUAAUUAUUUCUCAGAGUCGCUUAAUGGAGCUCUCUGCGUUACAUGAUUUCCUUCUAAUCAAAGGCAUACCGGCCACUUCGAAUUUAGUCGUUUGAACCUUUUAACUGCUUUGAGUGUAUCUGUGAAAGGUCGAGGCAUUUUGUUGUGAAACGUACUUUUUUUUAAAUCAAUUGCUCUGGACUGAUUCCGCUGAAAUUGUGCCGACAUGUCCAUCUCUUGACUCAAGCCUCCGAAAUACGUUUUGUAGCAACAUUAUCAAUGCUGUGGUCUUUCCUAUAACCGAGUCGUGUCCAUGGUGUGGUGGUUUGUGACUUGAUGGGACACUGAGCGGCAGAAAGUUUUGCGGCGUUUGUGGAUGCCGCUGGCCAUCGGAGGCCCGGGUCUGCCUUUGGUAACGUUACGUUUACCCAGAGUAUGGGGAAAUUUCAGUUUGCAAUGCAGGUAGUAGUGCAGGUUGGUUCACUCGGACUGGCUGGGGGUACAUUCCUUUCGGUAUUGGAGGUGAGCUCUGAAAAAAAACACACACAAAGUUGCUGGCAGCGGUUCCAAGUGGAACUUCUGCGUCCCUAUUACAGGUGCCAAUUAUUAAUGACCACGCGAACGAAGGCAGUAGAGGCCUGAAUAAACUACCACUUUGGAAUAAUGGAGAGGUGAACUUUGGAGUUGAGGCACAGGUAUUUGAGGCAGGUAUAAUGUCAUAUCAUCACAGGUAUAAUUGAUUUGCUUCUAUGUCAUUCAGAGACCUGGGGCAUAAUUCACAUGUCGGCGAAAGGUAUAUUUUUUUCUACAUUUUGACAAAAAAACGUUGCCAAUGUCUCCAUUAUCAACGAUGGGGACAAACUGGCAAGGCAAAUUUGUUUCGGCUAUUUCAGCAACAUGUGAACUUUGGGCUUUUUUUCUAGACAACUAGAUAAAGCUUCUGGCCUUUACUUGCAGUUCAAAGCGGAUGCAAGCAAGGAAAUACACGGUAGGAAUGACAACUCUGAAGUUAGAAUAGAAAGUGCCAAGGAAGCAUUGUAGGCACAAUCAGGAAGAUAAUUGUGUGCCAUGCGUUGGGGCACGUGUGUAGAGUGGAGAAGGAGAGAUUACCAAGAGGAAACCCUAAAGCCAGAGCCGGUGGGAUACUUUUAACAGAAGACAUUUGAGGUCUGGUAUUGACUGCACAACAGUUGUGGGAUCCGUAAGAAGGAAGAGGUUGGCAAGGUUUGGGUGACAUCAGUGUAAUUGUCUGUGAUGACCUCUUGACUUUGAUACAUUGUAGACGAAGCUUCGUUGGACAUUGAGAGAGCCAAACGCGUACGUCUAGCCAAACGUGCACAGAAUAGCACCGGGCUUUGUCCAGACAGACUGCUCUUGCAGAGGCAGGCUUCUGUAUUUUUCGCGAAUGUCAGCAUAAUUUUUUGCUUUGUACUCGGGAGUUGGGGGACGUACUUGGAACGGUGAGCCCGUGCAGAGCUCCCACGGCAUAGUUCCAUAAAGCCAUCAAAUAUCUGCAUCAUCACUUGAAAACAGAAACUUGAAUCUCGUGUUAUGUAAUUCACUUAAUACAAAAUAACAUUAUAUGGCCUCAUGUGUUUCACCAGAGCUCAUCCGCAGGAGGAAUUUAUUGGCAUAAAGCAUCAUCAUGCCUAUUUCAUUUCACAGACGCUUGCGAACACCUUAAGCAAUUGGUUCUGCUUGUAAUAGGCAGUUGUUGACCGUAAAGUUACGAGGACAGAUUCUGUGGCGGUCGAGCAAUGAUUAGAACGUGGGUUUAAAGCUGGUCUGGAAGUAUUAUUUCCUUAUUUUAAAAAUCAACACGCCAAACCGAACUCUGCACAAGGUCCUAUUUAGGUGGUGACGCCAUAUUUAUUGUCUUGUAUGCCAAAACCCGCGCUGGUUAUAACGAUUCGAAAGGGAUAAUUGAACAUAUGGUGCCAAUUAAAAGCUGUUUUAAUGUGCCAAGCUUGAAGUCACAUUCACGAUGCAGUUAAAGGGCAAGACGUUACAUUACCCUAAAUGUUGCAUUUAUCCGUCUCCGUUAGACUUUAAUAUCUCACAUAUGUUGGUAGGAUUUUUUGCAUGUUACGAUUCAGUGACAAUCAGGAACAAGUAUACUAUGAACUGGUUACGCAUGCUCUUUAGAUAAAAAUAAAACAAUAAAAAAAAUUCAGUUCACGUAGGGAAUUUAACACAUGACGACAAAAUUACACAUCUACAUGUAUAAAGAGUGCCAAAAUUGAUCAACUUUAUAUUUAAAACGACACAUUAUUACUUGAUAAAAAAAACUAUAUUGUGAAAAUAUUGUGAAUGUAUACGUCAUAUUACGAAAUGAUGAAUCUAGGAAGUGAGAAAACAUUAGUUAUAGAUGUUGAAGCAUCGCAUUACCUAAUACAUUUGUUGUCAUAUACAGUAUAUUCGAACCGUUUUUGUAUUCUGAAAUCAUUUUUAAAACAAAAAAUAAAUACCCUGUACAUAUCAUUGAAUCUAAUUUAAGAGCUAAUUUACAAACAUUUACAUGUAUAAACGUGUACAAAUCACGGGGAAAACUCAUCAUAAUAUAUACCGAGGUUUAAUAUUUUUCUUGUCGGAGACGUUUGACCUGUUCAAAGUCUCUUUUCAUGUUUUUUCAGACUAGGCCUUGGACGCCAAAUAGAAUUUUUCUACCAAAAUAAAAAAAAAGUUGUAAAACACUUACUUCAUUAUUUUCUCCAUUUAUUUAGUUUGAUUUCACACUGGAAGAAAACAAAAUGCAUUGCAUGUUAUUCCUCGGCCGGUGGACCUCACAGCUCGCCGGAUCUGAUCUUUGUUUUGAACCUGCAUAAGUAUAUAUGGUCUUCCAAUAAAAACAAGAAA